GUGACGUAACAUUUGUUUUGGAAGAACGAAGCAGUGACACCAGCGACGGAAGAAUGGAGCAAAACGUUGAAGAUUACAAGCUGAUAUUUGAGAAGGAAGGGGUGUACCUCCACACAAAUGCCAAGAGAAGUAACCAGGACACCACCAUCCCAGGGUUUAUCCGUAUUGUGGAGCGGGCUGGGGUGCCAGCUCUAGAGUGGAGCCCACUGGAGGAUGAGGGUCGCAAUGCCCCUGCUGUACUGUACUCCAAAAAGGAUGGAGAAGGGGGAGAGGAGGAUACAAACUUUGACCCUGGUUAUGAGCCAGACUGGGCAGUUAUCAGCACCGUGAAAAAAGAUCGAGAACAUGUCCCAGUCAAAGAGUCAGGUCAGUGGUCGUUCUCUCUGCCUCUCUCAGAGCUGUACUCUCUUCGGAGGGCCCGGUUCUCUUUGGGUCGAAACUUUCUAGUGUUGACUAGUAGAGGGGGGCACCCAUUGCCUCCUCUGCACUUCCACAGAGGAGGAACCAGAGAACUUCUUAGGGCUCUGCAUCGUUACAUCAUCCUGGACCAGUCACCAGUUGACGGGCGGCUGUUUCUUGCCUACCCGCAUGACUCAGGUGCUCUGUCUCAGUCCUUUGAUAAGCUGCAGCUCCUUGAUGACGGAGGCUCGGAUCUUGUCUCGAGAUUCAUCCAGGACCCCUAUGCCACUACAUUCGGUGGAUUCUCCAAAGUCACAAAUUUCUUCAGAGCGGCCAUACGGCCUCCAGAUUCCUCCAUCCACUCGCGCACAUCUCAGGAUCCUAAUUUGCCCCCCCAGUCUGAUGAAGAACCUGGAUUUGAACUCAUCACCUGUGGGGUAGAGCUUGGUCCCAGACCAGAUGUAACUAGGGGACAACCUCUGGACAAGUGGGAGGAGUUUCUGGACCCUGAGGGGCGCGUGAAGAACCCAGAAAAAAUCAAAGAGUUCGUGUUCAGAGGGGGCAUUGUGCCAUCACUAAGGAAGGAGGUUUGGAAGUUCCUCCUGGGCUUUUACCCAUGGAACAGUACUGCUAAAGAGCGGGAGAACAUUCUGCGGGUCAAAACGGAUGAGUAUUUCAGAAUGAAGGUGCAGUGGAAGUCGGUCAGUGAAGAGCAGGAGAUGAGGAACUCUCUCCUCAGAGGCUACAGAAGCCUGAUAGAGAGAGAUGUCAGCAGGACAGACAGACACAAUACGUUCUUCUCUGGGAACGACAAUCCAGGACUGACUCUGCUUCAUGAUGUGCUGAUGACGUACUGCAUGUACAACUUUGAUCUCGGCUAUGUGCAGGGGAUGAGCGAUCUCCUUUCUCCGCUCCUGUUCAUCACCCAGAACGAGGUGGAGUCCUUCUGGUGUCUGACGGGCUUCAUGGAGCUGCUGCACCAGAACUUUGAAGAGUCUCAGGAGGCCAUGAAGCAGCAGCUCCUUCAGCUCAGUAUUCUGCUGAAGGCUCUGGACCCGGAGCUGUGUGACUUCCUGGACUCUCAGGACAGCGGCUCACUUUGCUUCUGUUUCCGCUGGUUGCUCAUCUGGUUCAAGAGAGAGUUUCCCUUCGAGGACAUCCUCAUUCUGUGGGAGGUCCUGUGGACUCGUCUUCCAUGUGACAACUUCCACCUGCUGAUCGCCUGCUCGAUCCUUCAGUCCCAGAGAGGAGAGCUGAUUGGCUCAGACCACGACUUCAACACUAUUCUGAAGCACAUUAACGAGUUGACGAUGAAGUUGGACCUGCAGAGCGUUCUACGCGGAGCAGAGGCAAUCUACCUGCAGCUGAUUCAGUGCAAGGAGCUCCCCCUCAAGGUGCAGCAGGUUCUGGGUCUCUACGUCCCCUCCAGCUCUGAGGAGGCCAGCCCUGACUCCCAGGCCAGCGAGACGCAGCGCCUCCUCAGCCAAUCCCAGGCCGGAGCUGCCUCCUCUUAUGCAGCGUGUGGUUCGUCUUAUCCUUAAAUCUGUGGGUCAGCCGGUGGACUGACACUCAGUGAGAGAUGUGUGGAAGAUAUUUGUAUAUGAAAAUAUAUAUAUACUGAUACUGACUGUAUGUGAUCCUAUAUGAAGGGAUGAAGACUGUUUGGUGAAGACUUUGUUACUAAAGUGUCAGAGGCAGGGGGCGCUGUUGAAGUAUUUUUCUUUUAAUGUACCCAUGAAUGUUACAAUCCAACAUGUUUAAACACUAUAGCUGUAAUUGCAGUGCUUUUUCUUUAUCAUUGUUGUCCUCUUCCUUCUCCAUGACAGCUUGUCGCUUGUUUACAUGUCCUCUGUCUCUGCCGUCCUCUCUACUCUCCAUCGUCCUUUUGAUGCUGCUGUUUUACCUUUUCACAAGUUAUUUUAUAAGUGUUUUCAUCUCUGCUUUGUCACUUUUGUCUCAGUGUACUCUCAGAGUAUUAUGUUGAGUUCGAUUUAGAUUUCCCUGCCGUCCCCUCACCACUGUUGUUCCCUGAAAAGGGAAGAAGAUGAAAGAUAAACUCACUGGCAGCACCGUGUUAGUACUGUACGAUGCCAUUCCAGUCCUAUGCAAAGUUUUUGCAUGCCUUAUAGUUUUCACAUGCGGUGUGGUAAUAUUUAAAGCCUUGUAAUUAUAUGUAUAAUGUCAUACCAUUUUCAUCUGCUGAUUAUUACCAAAUAAAUGGUUGCAUCUUAACGAAGCAGAGUAUUCAAACACA